GAGCGGAAACGCAUGCGGAAAGCGCAGAGAGGAAUGUGUCUCUGCUAGGCAAAACGUGUUUCUACGUUAAUUUGUUGGAAACAUGGCGCCGGUACAACAAGAACCAGAGAUCCAGUUCGCUCAAAGAUUGGCUUCUAAUGAGAGGCCCAUGCGAACAAAAGCCAUCAAGAAGCUAAGAAAAUAUAUUCGUGUUAGGUCACAGAAAAUCCAAGGUGGGUUUGAAGGUGAGGAGUUACUCAAACUAUGGAAAGGCCUCUUUUAUUGCUUGUGGAUGCAGGACAAGCCACUUCUUCAGGAGGAGCUGUCGAAUCAGAUCUCUGGCCUGAUACACAGCUUCCAGAACAUCCAGAGCCAGUUUAUGUUUCUGGAGACCUUUCUGCAGACCGUCAAAAGAGAAUGGACCGGCAUUGACAGGCUUCGCAUGGAUAAGUUCUUCCAGCUGGUUCGUUUCGUGUUCAGGAACACUUUUGAGAUGAUGAAGAGGAAAGAAUGGGAGACCAGUGUGGUGACCAGGUUUCUGGAGCUCCUGACUGCCCAGGUCCUCCACAGCUCCAGCGGAGCUCCCUGCGGAUUACAGUUCCACAUACUGGACAUCUAUAUGACCGAGCUGGCUGCAGUCGGCUCAGCUGAGCUCACAGCGGCUCAGAACAUGACAUUCAUUGACCCUUUCUGCAAAACAGCGUCUAAAACGAAAGAUCGGAUCUUGCUCAGGGCUAUCUGCAGCAGCAUUUUCAGCGCCAUCGUGGACCAGGCUCCCUUCGCCAUCGAAGACCUGUUGAAGGAAGUGAAGGCUACAGGUGGAGGGGCUGAGGAGUCCGACUCGGGACAGGCUUCUGAAGAGGAGGAGGUAGAGAAGGAUCCCCCCAAAGGCAAAAAAAACGCAAAGGAAGCCCUCAAGAAAACCACUGGAGGGCAGACCAACGGUACUGUAUCAACUGAGGAAGAAGAUGAUGAUGAUGAAGAUGGUCUGGGCGAUGAAGACGAUGACGAAAUGCUUCAUAUGGAGAGUGACUCUGAGUCUGAGAUGCCAGAUGGCGCGGGGAUCGGACCUGUUCUCCAGUUUGACUACCUUAGCCUGGCAGACAGGCUGUUUGGGCUAGCCAGACGCAGCAACACCCCUAGCCACAACAGACAGAGACUGUACAAAGUCGUCAAGACUCUCCGGGAUCUCAGUGAAGGAGUCUUUCCACAGGAUGAGUACCCAGAGGAGGUGUCGACAGAUGAGGAUGAUGAUGAAAUGUUUGGCAGCAGAAAGAGGAUGAAACGGGGACGAGGCUUCGGGGAGGAAGAGGAAGAGAGCUCACCAGCCAAGAAAUGGAAAGGCAAGAAAAAAGACUCCAAAGCAAGAACGUCUGACCAGACUGCCGCAACAGAUGACAGUAAACCAGCAGAGACUCCCGGAGACUCCAAUAACAAGAAGAAGAAGAAGAAGAGGAGGAAGAAGAAGAAGACUGGAGAGGUGAAGACUGAAGAGCAGAACGGGGUGGCGGCGAAGUCUGAGGUUAAGGUUGAGAAGGACACAACUCCUGCUUCUGCACCGCAGACGACAGACUCUAAAGAAGCAGAGACGGAGCCCUCUAUCCCAGCCAAGGGCACCGAUACAGGAGCGUCUCUCCUGAAGGAGAAGGCAAAGGUGACAGCCAUGGAGACAGGGGUCCAAUCAGGAACUCCACAGGAUGUAGUGGUAGGUAACCUGUCAUCUGUCACAGUCAUGGAGGUAGACCAGAAGAAACAAUCAGAGACUCCGGUACCAGACGCCACAUCUUCCAAGAAGAAAAAUAUCAAGAAGUCCAAAACGCCUGCACCGAAGCAGAAGGAAGAGGUAGCAGAACCAGCAAAGUCUGCCCCUGAGACUGCUACUACCACCCCAAGCAGGAGGAAAAAUACCAAGCAGGAGCCUGAGGAGCAGACAACCGUAGAGGAAGUUGAAAUGGCGUUAGAAACAGUAGACAAGACCACGGCCACCCCACCGAAGAAGAGGAGGAGGAGGAGGAACAAGGUUAAACGGACCGCUGAGACAGACACAACACAGGUGGACCUUGAACCAGACUCUACCCCAGCCGAGGAGCCUCCAGUUGACCUCCGCAUCGCCGCCACUCCCCUGAAAAAGAAGAAACUUAAGGUGGCAAAGGCUGGAGAGGAGAGCGCCGGGGGUGAAAUACGGCCAGAAACUGAAGCAGACGUCCUGGUUGUAGACACCAAGGUGGAGCCAGCAUGUGUCGCUACAUCAACCCCGCUCAAGAAGAAGAAGAAGAAACAUGCCAAGGCUGAAGAACAGAGUGUGGAGGCCGAAAGUGAAACCCCGCCGAAAGCAGACGCAAACCUCACACUGAUCGACGCUGAGGUACAGACGCUGGAGGCCACCACACCUACCCCACUCAAGAAGAAGAAACGUGCCAAGGCUGAGGUACAGACGCUGGAGGCCGCCACACCUACCCCACUCAAGAAGAAACAUGCCAAGGCUGAGGUACAGACGCUGGAGGCCGCCACACCUACCCCACUCAAGAAGAAGAAGAGCUCUGGACUGGUAGCACAGGAGCUAGAGACCACGACAGUGGAGGAGAGCGUGUCAGAGGAGCAGCCUACAGAUGCUGACCCGGACACGCCCCUGAAGAAAGGGAAGAAGAAGAGGAAGGUCCCGGUAGUGAUAGAGUUCGAGGCUGAGGUCAACGGGAUGGCUGGAGGCAAGAAAGCCAAACUGAGCAACGACAGCAAAGAACUGUCCACGCCGGUGAGAGCCAAGAAAAACAAAAAAAUGACACCCAAGAAGGCAGGGGCGGAGUCUGACUUCAUCACGUUCCAGAACCAUGCCACCAUCCCUACUCCCCUUUUCUUCAAGACCACCAAGGGAAGCCCCAGCACACAGCUAUCCAGCAAGAAGAAGAAGUGUCAGACUCCAAAGUCCGAAUCCAAGAAGGUUACCUUCGGACUCAAUAAAAACAAAACUGCAGGAUCCCCAGAGUUCAGGAAGACUGACCGCAGCCUGCUGGUGAGUCCAGAGGGGUCGUCCCGAGUGCCGUUUGACCCCCAGCAGAAGCCCCUGUUUGGGGUCCUGAAGUCCCCAGAGGCCUCUCUUACCAAAAGCACUAAGAAGACCAAGAGCACCCUGAAAACCACCCCCAAACGCCCCACCGCGGCUGACUUCUUCUAGUCUUCUGUGAGGAGACUGGUGAGACAGAUGACCGUCCCACCCCCACUGUUUGUCUGCCAGGAAUAUAUCAUUAUAAACUGAAUAUCCACAGAUUCCCCCGUUGGGAAGAGAGUGAUCUUGAUAUACAAAUGUUUUGUUUUUUUGUCAUUUCAAAUUUUCCGUGUUUUGCUGUUCUGUGGGGUGAGCAAGUUUUCAAAUAAAGACUCACUUCCUCAUUUUAGUGAA